GCUCAACGGUACAGCCACACCAAGUACAUUACACUAUCUGUAAGCCCCUCUUGUCUCCAAUUGAACGUUUCCGUCCUACAUCUCCUUCCCCUCCAUCAAACCCCCACCACCCAUCAACAAAACCUACCCCGCAACUCCCACUCUCACUCCAACAACAAAUCUAACACCACCUCUAGUUCUAGGCUUCUCUGUCCGUUCAACACACCAAAACAACAAGCGAAAAUGUCCUGGUCCCAAAAAACAUUCACCCUCCCGCCCAAGUCGCGCGGCUCAUACCUCAUAACCGACCACAUCAAGUCCGCGGUACCUGAAAUCCGCGACUACAAGGUCGGCAUGCUCAACUUGUUCAUCCAGCACACGUCAUGCGCGCUCUCCCUAAACGAGAACUGGGACGAGGAUGUCCGCGAAGAUAUGUCUGAUGCGCUGGACCGCAUUGCGCCCGAGGAUAAGAAAGGGAACCUUUAUCGGCAUAGUGCGGAGGGGGAAGAUGAUAUGCCGGCACACAUCAAAUCUGCACUCAUUGGGGCUUCGGUGAAUAUCCCGAUUUCGAACGGGCGGUUGGCGACGGGGACAUGGCAGGGGAUUUGGUAUUUGGAGUUCCGGGCUGCGAGACAUUCGAGAAAAGUUGUUGCUACCAUCCAGGGUGAGAAGGCGUGACUAGAUACGAAUGCGAGUUAUCAUCUUUAGUGGUUAGGAGUACUGUAUAGCGCAGGUUGGGUGUGUG